CUUCUAAGUAAGUCCUCCUUCCUUCAACCUGCCAGCUUCCAAGGCGCACUUCGACCUGUUCACUUGGAAAUCCAUAUAAUUCCCUUGUGCAACUUUGCACGCCCAUGAGAGCAUGACUGAAACCCUAUUCGAAGCUCGGCCUGCCGUUCUAGCCCAAGGCCCGUGGGAUCCAGCCAAGUUCCCGAUCUCGACCGAGGGAACAAGAGCAUUACCGAUGCCCGUGGCUGUUGCUGACGCCGAAUCCCUGAAGCCAUUCUUCGGCCACCUGGAGAUUGGCGGUACUCACCUUGUAUCGGAGGGCUCGCUGGGCCAGCCCCUCGAGAGUGGUAAGGGCGAGCCUUACUACGGCACUCCGGGAAUCGAGUUCGAGAAGGGUGUACUAUACGAGGACCGGCGGAUGGACUUGUGCAAAAUGGUCGUGGGACCUGAUCACAUUGGCCGCCUGAUGCGAAGCUUGCGGACAAACGAGUUUGUCAGGCACUUCCUUCUGGGAAACAAUAUCAUCGGGCCCGUUGGCGCCCGGGAGAUCGCGAGAUUCGUCGACGAAUUCCCAGACCGGAUAGAUACCUGGUACCUCGCGGGGAACUGCAUCGACGGGCCAAGCUUCAGGAUACUGGUUGACGGUCUGGCCAAAUCGGAAGCCGUCACCAACGUGUGGCUGAAGCGCAACCCUCUCUCAUCCGAAGCCUCAACCGACGUCUCCCGGUUGAUAACCACGGCCCGAAACUUGCGGACCCUCGAUCUCGACCAGACCGAGCUGGGCGAUGCUGGGGUUGCUGCGGCAUUCCGGCACCUUCGCGACCACGUCCCAGCAGCGGGUGGCAAGCUGGCUCUCGAGAACAUCUAUCUCAACGGAACAGGGGUCUCCGUCAACGCAGCCAAAGCCAUCGGCGCCUUCCUGUCAGAGCCGCAUUGCCAGCUGACAUCCCUAUACCUGAGCUGCAACCCGAUCGGGGACGACGGCGCAACCGCCCUCAGCGCCCACCUUGCCUCAUCCGGGACCCUGGCCCGCCUCAUCCUCACCUCCACAGGCCUGACAACCAAGGGCGCAAUCGCCCUCUGCGCGAGCUUGAAAGGGCACCCCGCGCUCCGCGUCCUCGACCUGAGCCAGGCGUUUACGACCCAGGACCUGGGACAGGCAUACAACUACAUCGAGGACGGCGCGGUCCCUUACAUCGUCGACCUGAUCGAGUCGUCCCGCUCGCUCGAGUACCUGGCCCUGGGCCACUGCGCCGUCACGCCGGCGGGGCUGCGGACCAUCUCGGCUGCCGUGGCGCGUAGCGACUCGCUGCUCUUCUACAUCGCGACGUCCAUCCUUCCGGAUACGACGACGGCGACACAACCCGCGUCCGUCAUCCUGGCCCCCAGCGACGCGCCCCCGCGCCCAGAGGCGCCGCCCCGCAACGCGCAGGAGCAGGCGGACGGGCUGGCGCGCGCCCGGCUGGAGGCGAACAUCAAGAAGAGGUACGGCGAGGAGAUGGGGUACUCGGAGUUCCUGGCCGGCGAGCGGCGCUGGCUGGUCAGCGACAGGGACGACGUGCGCAAGAUCGACUCGGUCUACCGGAACCGCGACGCCAGGCUCGCCCGGCGCCAGCUGGUGACGUUGGUCAAGGACUGGGAGGAGGGGGACGACACGUUGCGGAGAGUCAUGGGUGCCCAGGGACCGGCCUGCCCCAUGCGCCAGGGAGCUUAGAGUUCGGCUGAGAUGUCGCGGGACAUGGGUGUUUCGCUUUCAUUUAGCUGCAGCCGCGGCGAUCGACUAGUAUGCCCACUUUCUGCGUGGCGACUAGGGUUUGUCUCCCUCGAGCGUGCAUGACAUUCACGCAUCAUCUGGCACUGGUCAUCUCCGGUGAUGUCGCCGAAAGUAGGGGCAACGUCGGCGCGGGUCGCUAGCAAAACCCCUGACUAUGGUGGUCUUCAACAACAGCCCUGCUGUGUCGUUCCGAUUUUUCUUUCUAUUGUCGCCUGAUUAGCCACAUCACGUCGCAUCUCUAGGAUACGCGGCUGGUGCGCACUUCGUGGUCGUUAGCCCAGCCCAUGGAUGUCGGUAGAGA